AUGAAUAGACUAAGACUUAUGACUAGAAGUGCCCUCGUUGGGCUUAUCCAUGACAAGACCAUGAGGGCACCUAGCGUUGCUUAUGAUAACGGCGAGGCCACCACACUUAUGAGUACUGAUGCAGAUAGCCUUGACGGUGUUGCCGAGAUGGUCCACGAGAUAUGGGCCCAAAUUAUCGAAGUGCUGAUUGGUACAUCCAUCCAUUUACUUUACCUCCUCGACUGGGUACUGAAAUUUGUACCUCUCCAAAAGAAUUGGAACAAUGCUACGCAAAGUCGCAUAGCUGCCACAAGCUCUGUGUUAAGCGCAAUGAAAGUCAUCAAAAUGCUUGGAAUUCAACGAAAUCUCAUGAGUCACAUUCAGGAGCUUCGAAAACGUGAGCUCUGGGCGGCUUCGAGACUUAGAUGGAUCGUGGUAUACUAUAACGCGUCUGCCAAUGCUCUUGGAAUAUUCACCCCGGCGAUUACACUGAUUGUCUAUGCUUUGAUAUCCUUGGCUCGUGGCGGCAAUUUGGAUACAGAAACUGCAUUCACUACCAUAGCCAUCUUGAGCAUGGUCACACACCCCGCAAAUAUGGUCAUGACUAUUGUGCCGCGAGCAGUGGCAGCUUUUGCUGGAUUAGAAAGAAUUCAGACAUUUUUGCUUAAGCAGCCUUUACAAGACAACCGUGGGAUACUGCCGGAACGGUUUGAGCAUCCUAGCCCUGUUAUUCAAAUUCAUGAACUAAGUAUCGAGCAUAAACAGCUUGUCUUGGAUAACAUAAACUUUGAAAUAGCUGCUGGAUCACUUAAUAUUAUAUCUGGCCAUACUGGUAGCGGAAAAUCGACUUUGUUGCGUGCUAUCCUUGGAGAAGUCGUACCUACUCACGGGUCAGUUAGUCUGUCAACACGAGAGAUAGCAUACUGUGCCCAGAGACCAUGGCUACCCAAUGGCACUAUCAAAGAAGCAGUUUACGGUGCUACUGAAUUUCAUGAUGCUAGUGAUCAAUAUCAUGAAUGGUGGUACAAUGAAGUAAUAGAGGCAUGUCGCCUCACCCAUGACUUCGACUACCUUCCUGAUGGAGAUCAAACACAAAUUGGCAGCAGAGGUAUCAAUCUUUCUGGAGGACAGAGACAACGAGUGACUCUCGCACGUGCGUUGUUUGCAAGAUGCGACAUACUUUUACUAGACGAUAUAUUCAGUGGUCUGGACGGUGAAACGGAGCAAACGGUUUUCAAUAAUCUACUCAGUUCUAGGGGCCUACUCAGACGGAUGAAUACUACCGUAGUUCUUGUUUCUAAUUCGCUCCAGCACCUCCAAACUGCAGAUCACAUUGUCGUUUUGAAUAACCAUGGAAUACUAGCUCAAGGAAACUGGCAUAAGAUCCAGACGGAAGCUGUAUACCCCGCGAAGUUCUCUUCCGGCCAUCGUGUCAAAGAUAGCGCCAUCCUGUCGGGAAACUUUGAGAAGCUCAACGCUCAAUUGCGAGCAAAAGACGAGACCGAAGUAGACCUCGCAAGGCAGACCGGAGAUCCGGCAGUAUACGGUUAUUAUUUCGGUUUCAUUAACUCCGUGAACAUUCUCUUUCUUCUCGUCAGUACUGCAUCAUACUCUUUCUUCGUCACUCUUCCCCAGUACUGGCUUCAAUUAUGGACCGAGUUAGGCGGUAGAAAUUCUUCAUAUUAUAUUGGUGGAUUUCUCCUCCUGUCAUUCAUGUCGUGGAGUUCGACAAGCAUUCAGAUGUGGUCCAUUCUUAUUCGGCUUGCUCCUCAAUCUGGGUUGCGGAUACAUCAACGUCUUUUGCGUAUUGUGAUGAGCGCUCCUUUGUCCUAUUUCUCUAAAACCGAUACUGGGUCUAUUUUAAACAGAUUUAGUCAAGACGUCCAGUUUGUUGACAAGCAGUUGCCAUCAGCUCUUCAGACUGUUGUAACACUCUGUGUUGUUUUGGUCUAUAUCAUUCAAAAGGCUUACCUUCGGACAUCAAGGCAACUCCGAUUUCUGGAACUGGAGUCCCGGGCAGGAGUUUUCUCGAGUUUCCUAGAAUCCGUUGAGGGUCUCGAAACAAUACGCUCGUUUGGCUGGUCUAGAUCCGUAAUACAAGGCAACAUCCUAAGCGUCGACAACUCCCAACGCCCAGAAUUUCUUCUUUUGUGCCUCCAGAGGUGGCUCAACAUUGUUCUCGAUCUUUUGGCAGCUGCUAUCGCAACAUGUGUUGUUGCUAUAGCUGUAGCAUUCCGUGGACGUGUUAGUGGUGCACAAGUUGGGAUUGCGCUCAACAUUAUGCUCGUAGCAAACACAACAUUACUGAAGUUUGUGGAGAAUUGGACUACACUGGAAACCUCUCUCGGUGCCGUUGCUCGCUUGAAAACUCUCGAGGAGAUAACCCCGUGUGAGGGUGCAAAGACUGAAAACUUAGACCCGCCUGAAAACUGGCCUCCAAAAGGGCACAUCGAGUUCACAAAUAUCACUGCAUCUUACCAUUCCGAGUCUGUUGCUCUGCGGAAUCUGAGCUUGGAUAUUCCCGCAGGUCAGAAACUUAUCGUCUGCGGGCGUACAGGGAGUACGUUACUGCUAACGCUCUUGCGGCUUCUGGAGCUGCAAAGCGGCCAUAUCGAGCUAGAUGGCAUUGAUAUCAAGCAAGUGAGGCUAGAUUUGCUACGACAACGGUGCUUCGUUGUGGUAUCUCAAGACCCUCUUAUUUUGCCAAAUGAGACCUUGCGAUGGAACUUGGACCCAGAUACCUCCGUACCGAACGACAUCCUUGUUGCUUCAUUGGCGAAAGCGGGAUUGUGGGCGCAUUUCUUCGACUCUGAUAGAGGGAGAGAUGUGGAGAUCAAUAUCAAUGCCUCUGGGUUUGACGCACACCCAAUACUCGACCGGAAGGUCUCUCUGUUCCAGGAGCUUUCGGUAGGACAGUGCCAACUAUUUGCACUUUGCCGAGCACUUGUCAAAGUCAACGCCCUGCGACGUUCUGGUGUGAAGCCAGUCAUUAUCUUGGAUGAAGUCACAUCCUCCCUGGAUACUGCGACUGAAUCCACCAUCCAUCAAAUCAUUGACGACGAGUUUACCGAAAAGGGCCACACUGUCAUUAUUGUUACUCAUAGACUAGGUGCCUUGGAGGAGCACGCGGAAACUGGAAGGGAUAUUGUGGCAUUAAUAGCGAAUGGUAGGGUACAAGAGGUUAUAGAGGACUUGGGGCCGGCGACUUUCCAGCGGUUUGGGCAGGCGGGAUAA